AUUUCCCUUGUUCUGGUUUUAUGUGAGGAACUGAAUAUUUAAAAAAAAACAGUUUUGUGAAAAUGAAAGUGCUCAUUAAGAUAUCGUAAGGACAACAUAGAUCUCUCAAACUACGACAGGCGAGUGGGAAAACCAAUGAUAAAUUCCAUCAAAAUGACCAUAAAUUAUGAGCAAAAUUGAACUUAGUGAAAGUGAUGACCCUGUGCGGGUCAAGGUCGUUGUUAUUGGUGAUAUGUGCGUGGGAAAAACGGCCAUCUCUCAUCGAUUUACCAAGAAUGCCUUCGAAGAGAAAAUAGCUCACACGGUUGGAGCUAGCUAUUACAUCAGAUCUAUGGAAAUAGAAGACAGGACAGUACUUUUCCAAAUCUGGGACACAGCGGGUCAAGAACGAUUCAGGAGCCUCGUUCCCAUGUAUCUCCGUGACGCCGAUAUAGCUCUGUUGGUGUUCGAUAUUACGUCACAGGAGUCCUUUCACAGUUUGGAACUAUGGAGAACUGAACUCAUGACCAGCGCACCUUCGCAUGUGAUCGUAGCUGUAGUGGGCAACAAAUCUGAUCUGGGCAGCAAAAGAAAAAUAGAGGCGACGUUACAAAUUGGAAAAUUUAAUAUUUAGUUGAUGAAGAGAUUUUUCUUACUCCAGGCCGGCCGUGCAUAUGCAGUGAAACACAGAAUGCGCUACACGGAAACAUCAGCUAAACUUGGAACCAACGUUGAGGAACUUUUCUAUGACUUAGUUGUCAUCAUUGGCGACAGUGGAGUCGGAAAAACUUCCGUAGCUCAGAGAUUCGUUGAUGAUACGUUUUAUGAUUAUACACCUUCUUCAGUGGGAGCAAGCUACUUCGUGAAAUACCUGGAAAUUGAGGACAGGAAGGUCUACUUUCAAAUAUGGGAUACCGCCGGUCAGGAAAAUUUCAGGUCUCUCGUUCCCAUGUAUCUUAGAAACGCAAAAAUCGCACUCCUAGUGUACGAUAUUACAUCAACGAUUUCGUUCCUGAAUUUAGAAGUGUGGCGCUCAGACCUUCUACUAGCAGAACCAGGAGUUACAGUAGCAGUUAUUGGUAAUAAGUCAGAUCUCAGAGACGACAGACAAGUUGAAGUCAGGAAAGGCCAGGAUUAUGCUAACAAACAUGGCAUGCUGUUCACUGAGACAUCUGCUAAAAGGGGGACAAAUGUUGAAGAAAUAUUUUUUGAAUUAGGAUCUCAGAUUUUGCAGCAGAAGAUAAAAGAACAAAAUGUUGAAACCGUCCAACUUGGAUCAAGUGGUGUCAGAGGGAGAAAACUGAUGGACUGUUGUACUUAGCAAAAACCCCAAAAUGACUUCAUUUAUUGUAUGCAACCUUGGGAGAGGAGGUAUAUGGAACAGAAAUGACUUUAAAAAGAAUUGGGGUUUUAAUUAGAUCACCAAAGUUCAAAAGCAAAAUUCACUUAGCAACAGUUCCAGCAGGAGUUGUUAACAGUUCCAGCAGAAGUAAGGAAGCAAUAUUUGUUAACAGUUCCAGUAAGAGUAAGAAAGCAGUGAUUGUUCAUUUUUUGGCAGAAAACUAAAUGUUCAAACAUGAUAAACAUUU